GGACAAUUAUGUGAGAAAUUUGAUAUUGAUUGUUAGAAUGGAGUACGUGUCAUUCUAAUUACAUAGUAAACAAUAACACCUGCAAUAAAAUAAAUAAUAUAAAAUUGUUUUGAUUGUGUUAAAAAUUUUUUGUGUUUAAAAAAAAUUUAAUAAUAAUAAUUGUAAAAAUGAAUUUUAUUAACAAGUCAAUUUGCUUACUACUUAUUUUUGUGAAUAUUAAUUGUAUAUUUGCUGAAAGUGAUGAAGAUUUAUCAAAUGAUUUGUAUGUAAUUGAAGGAAAAGUUUUUCCUUGGGAUGGUUCUCCAAAUGGAUGGCAACUUAUGACCCAUGUUAUGGCAAAUGGUGGAGACUAUUAUGGAUAUUUGAGAGAGGAUGGAACCUUCACAAUAUCAAACGUACCUUCAGGUUCCUACAUCGUAGAAGUGGUGAAUCCUAACUACGCCUACGAGCCAGUGAGAGUAGAAAUAAACUCCAAGGGUAAAUUCCGAGCGAGGAAAGUAAAUUUGAUCCAGACCUCCCAGGUGAUCCAGGUGCCUUAUCCGUUAAAAAUGAGGGCUGUAACUCCCUUCAGGUACUUCCAAGUUCGCGAGCAAUGGAGAGUCGCUGACUUUUUAUUUAGUCCAAUGGUUUUGAUGAUGAUCUUACCACUGCUGCUGAUCAUGGUGAUCCCCAAAGUAAUGAACGACCCCGAGACCCGCAAAGACCUGGAGCAGUUCAACAGUUUGACGAGUUACAAUAUGCCAGAGAUGUCUGAAGUCAUCACGUCGUUUUUGACUGGCAAUGAUAAGCAGAAGACUAAAGCGAUCAAAGCUACCAAAAAGCGACAAUAAAAUUAUAUUAAUUUAAAUUGAAAUUGCUAGACA